UUCCAUCAUGCUGUCUGCAUUCGCCAUUCGGACUGCAAAUACCCAGUUGCUCUCACCGUAGAGAGAAGGAAGGCGCGUGUGUAUGGCUUCCAAGUCAGCUAAUAUUUUUAUCAAGUGCAAUCGUUCCGUCAACAAUUAGACCUCAUGAUCGGUUCAUUUUGGAAUUUGUGCAGAGCGUGCCCUUCAAUGCCAGUAGAUAAGUUGCACUCUGAGUACAGGAGCACGUACAGAUGGCAUGAAUAUACUGGGCCCAGGCAGGAAGUUAUCCGCCGGGCACCAACAACACAACCCGGCGUCGGAGCAAAUUCCGAUGAGAAACCUAACGAACCGCCGAACACAACGCGGAUCGAUGAAGAGACACAGAACGAAUUGCCAAAAUUGGAACCGGCUCUGCCAAGACGAAAAAAACAUCCUGAUUUGGCCUACCGUCACCAUGAGUUCCUUGUUAGCGAUGGAACCAAUGGAGACGCCAUAGAUGUUGGCACAACCGAUAGGGCCAGGUCGACGGAGAGGGAAAGCUCGCAAUGGAAGCCGUCCAGGCGCAGCAAAUCGGAAGGUCCAGCCCGGUCCACGACGUUGACGCGGUCGGAAAGGCGGCGGGAUUCGGACCCGGACUUGGAAAACACGGGUCGCGAUCAGGGUCUACUCCAGAAAGCAAUAUCCAAGAUUAGCACUGAAUACAGACUACAAUUCGCUUGGCCGCAGGGCCACAUGUCGAGACGGGACCAGGAGACCACUCCCAGGAAGUCGCAGUCCAUGAACGCUAUCAAGCCCCCAGCCAACGCUGUCAUCCACAAACGACGUGGCGAUCUAGAAAAUAAAGAUGCAAGCGAAUUGGAACCAUUAGUAAACGACAAUACCAUUCAUGAAUAUCACGAAACAGCCAAAGACUUUAACACCGAAUAUAAGAAAAAAUAUAGACCUUUCUCGCAAUACGAUUACGCCGAAGGUAAAUUUAAAUCUAAACAAGAAGUUCAUGAUUUAGACGACGAAACAAAGAACGCUUUAUUAAAUGGUCCUACCAAGGAAUCUUGGUACAAAGAAGUCGUUGAAUUGAGAAAGAAAGCUGGGGAGUACAGAACUAGAGGACGAGGAACCGACAUAACCGGCGAUAAAAUCACUGACGUUUAUAAUAAACAAGUUGAACUUUGGGAUCAAGUAUCUAGAAGGUCUUCACUUUCUGCAUUAUCUUUAGCUUCAACUACACACAGGGCAUAUACUAAAGAAGAAAAAGAUCAAGAAAACACUAAAAAAAGUUCACCGACUAAAGCACUAAGAAAUGCCGAGAAUUCUGCUAGAAUGGUAAGGGAUAUGAUACGUCAUCACCUUGAAAGAACAACCGGUGGUUCGGAAUUUGACGGUUUAAUAUUAUCGCCAACGCGUGAAAAAUUGGAACCGACCAUACCGCGUAAAGACGAUGAUAUCAGAGGUUCGCAGAAGAAUAGUCCGAAGAAAAAUUCGCCGCAGAAAGUGUCACUUCAAAAGAAGUCAAAAUCAAAGUCUGUUCCUAGAACUGUUAGGUCCCAAUCAGUAGGCCCAGUAGAAGUAAAUUACGAAAAGCGCUCGCCCAAGCGCCAAUCUCGGUCGGCCACCGUCAAGGAAAAGAAGAGUAGCAGUUCAUCGACAACUCGUAGACCUAGGCCUUCAUCCCUGAACACCACUUCCCGAUCUAAAAGUAGACCAGUCCCUUCACAGUCAGAGGACGACCGGUCGGGCAAAACAAAAUCAAACAAAGCUCAGUCUAGCCAAAGAGACGCAGCAGACGGAAGCGAAGCGGAACCUGCUCCCACCGUCGACAGAGCCGAGAAAGAAGAGGAGGAGGCUGUCGAGCCCGAGCCGGAGCCCGAAGUCAUUAGCCUAGAACCCGUCGUAAAGUCCCCUCCCGAACCCACCCGGGUUAAGUCGCCCGAGCAGAUAAUCAUGCGUUCCCCCGAUCCGGUCAACUGGACCGUUCCGCUCGAUACUGGAAAAACCUUUACUGUCACUCAAAAUGUCAGAGAAGGUGACAUUAGCGCUCGACCACAGAGCGAAGUAAAGGCCUGGACGCCACCGGAAAUACCGCCCCCAGUAGCGCAGUCUGCCCCGCCGGAACUGCAACAGCAGAAAGAUCAAGGUAUGGAUUUAGCAGUCAAAGCAUGAACUAAGGGCAGUGCAGUAACAGUUAAUUAAACAGGCGAGUACUAGCUGGCAACAGACUUCACUAAAGAUAGAAUGCCUUGCACGUCGCCUAGUCGCUUAAGUUUUGUUGUAAUCAAUGCAAAAUAAUAAUAAUGUAAAUGAGAACGUAAACGUAAGCAGAAAGACUGAAGAGUUUGAACUUCCGGUGGGGCAAACCUCUAGUCUACUGACGUGCCAUUUUUACAGCUAGGAGAGGAGGGAACGACGACCCGUCUAAUGUAGAACCAGUGGAAACAGGUGCAGAGGAGAUCGAGAGACCGAUUAUCGAGCGGCCCGACGAGGGCUCUAGCUUAGACUGUCCACAGCGCGAAUCCUCUAGCACUGCCAAAACUGUUAAUCCACUAGCCGAAUCGAAGUCAUUCGCUUCCGAUGUACUCGAGAAAGCGCGUAACCGUUUCGACAACUUUUGGAGGAAGAACUCUAAAGAUGAAUCUACCUAAUUGAUAUAAGUGUGCGUUAGUAUAAGACGUAUUGCCUAAUCGCCAUUUACUCUUGUAACGAAUUCAACAACCUCCGGGCACCGUCUCCGCUGGCUCGUGGACGCGACACAGGGCGACGACUGGUCAUUUAUACGACUUUUGCGCAUUGCGCGUUAUCUCAUUCGAGAAUCACUACUCCACUAUUUAAUAAAUCUACUCUGUUAUAGGGACGUAAACUACGUCGGCGAUUAUGACGCCGCCGCUACAAUAGCCGUAACUUACAAUUAGUUGCCAAACUAUUUAGCCGUCGAUAGGUUUUGUAAACUGCCCGAUUCUGAUACAGGGUUAGAGAACGGCGCCCGGAGGAUAGCAUAUACUCCAGAUCAACAGUCCAUGUUAAAUGUUAAAAUUAAAAUAACGAGUGAAUAACAAAACCGUAGUCGGAAGAAGUAAUGAGAAAAUUAAAAAAAAAAGAAUAUUUUUCGUUGAUUUUAAGCUACUCGACCCGGCCUUAUUACUAACUGCUUAUGUUCAUGCCAUCCAUAUAUAUUUACAUAUAAUACAUAUACUGUACGCGUAGAAAUGAGAAUCGAGAACGUGAGGAAACCGAGCGAACGCAUAUGGAUAACUAUUUGGAAUUACAUCCCAUCCGUUGCAGCGCCUACAACACGAGUCCGACCCUCGAAACCCUACCUCGGGUUUUGCUGAGACUGCACUCCGAUAUUAACUUUCAUAUAUAUACUAUAUUGAUAACGUUGAUAUAUUUUGUGUAGUUGCGUUUGCUUGCGAACUUGUUGUUUGUUACUUUAGUUUACAUCGAAAUGCACUCAAAACUAUAUGAUCUUGCAGUAUUAAAAUAAAUAAAGUUUCUGUUAUUAAAA